AUGGUGGCAGUAAGAGGCAUUUUGCUGCUGCCUCCGUCGCUGCUUACCCUGCUCACCCAGGUUGCAGCCAACCCGCAGCCUACCGCGCUCAAGAAGCUGUUGCCUGACUCUAAUGAGAAGAUCUUCCCAGAACAUCUCGCAUUUGCGCCGCCUGGGAGCUUCCCCAUUGACAUUUAUGGCACUCCGCUCCUUCCCGGCGUAGACGGUGGAAAUGGCGAGUCAGAGAGAACGAACAGCUCAUCCAGGUUCUUCCAGCGAGCCUUUGCGCCUCACAUUGAUGAAACGCGGGAGAGCAUGAUGCGAAGGGCAGCGGAAAUGCUGGCCAUUUUAGAGAAGCGGUCCUCGUGUCCAUCUGAUAUGAACAGCUGCGAGGAUAUCGGAGCUGCUAAUAAGUGCUGUCAGAAGGGCACGUACUGCACGUCAGUCGCAGAUUCCAAUGUGGCCAGUGUCGCAUGCUGUCCUGACGGCGUACAAUGUGGAGGGGGAGUAGGAAGCUGCCCCACGAGCGCCGUGAGCUGUCCAUCGUCCCUUGGUGGCGGCUGCUGUCUCCAGGGAUACAUUUGUCAGGGCAUAGGAUGCGUGACAGAGGUAAUUUCGACAGUGCCAACAACAACGCAGGUUCAAACCACUUCAUCCCAGCCCCCCGUGACGACUGUCACUAGCACACAGACCACGACAAGCCAUUCUACAGUCCAGUCAACGACUACCUCUGCUACCCGAACAGUUUCUAGCUCGGCCACAGCGACUGGAGAGGCUCCUUGGCGGCCAACAGUGACUGACACUACCACCUCUGCUCCUGACACACAGACCGGUUGCCCGACUGGUUUCUACGGCUGCUUGGCCACUCAUGGCGGCGGCUGCUGCCAAACUGACCGGGAAUGCGAAACCCACUCAUGUCCUGCUCCUUCUUCCACCACACUAGUGUCAAAUGGUGUUACGGUAGUGGUUGCUGCCAGCAAUGUGCCAGCCGCUGCGACAGGUACGUGUGCUGGCGGGUGGUUUCUCUGCGGGGAGGAAGGUGGCUCUGUCGCUGGGUGCUGUCCCAGCGGAUACCAAUGCGGAACUGCGAGCUGCUUCACCGUGGAGGCGAGCCAGACGGGCAGUGUACAGAAGGAGCUUCCAGAAAGCGGAGCUCUCUCCCAUAGCCGAACUUCCAGGAGGUCGCUUCUCUGCUUGAUGGGACUUUCUGUCCUCUCUCUUCUUUUGUGA